GAAAUGCACCAGGGAACAGAUAAGUGACAUUUCCGUCGUAGCGUGCACAUAUUUUAAGAACAAUCUUAACUGGAUUGUGCCAAUUAAUUAGAUCCUUGAAUAAAAUUGGGGUAAAAAGAGUGAGGACAUUUAUAAAUAGUAAACUCUGUGUCAUCAACAGUGACAUUUUAGUAGCAACCUGUUAAAUGAAUGUACAGAGAAAUGGGAAAAGAUAUAGUCAUCAGUUUUUGUUAUUCAUAUGACCUUUCUAAAACUAAACAAAAGGACAUUUGUUUUGUCUUCCUCCCUGAAUCAGGACAUAAAUCAUAAAACAAAAUGCAGAAGGAAAUGUUAUUAAAUCAGGAUGGUUCAUACUUGGCUGAGUUCCUGCUGGAGAAAGGCUAUGAGGUUCAUGGAAUUGUACGGAGAUCCAGUUCAUUCAAUACUGGCCGAAUUGAACAUCUGUAUAAGAACCCCCAAGCUCAUAUUGAAGGAAACAUGAAGUUACACUACGGUGAUCUCACUGACAGCACCUGCCUUGUAAAGAUCAUCAAUGAAGUAAAGCCCACUGAGAUCUACAACCUUGGCGCCCAGAGCCAUGUCAAAAUUUCUUUUGACCUGGCUGAAUACACUGCGGAUGUUGAUGGAGUUGGCACUUUACGGCUCUUGGAUGCAAUUAAGACCUGUGGUCUUAUCAACUCUGUGAAGUUCUAUCAAGCCUCAACAAGUGAACUUUAUGGGAAAGUGCAAGAAAUACCGCAGAAGGAGACCACUCCCUUUUACCCUCGGUCACCAUAUGGGGCAGCAAAACUAUAUGCCUACUGGAUUGUGGUGAACUUCCGUGAGGCAUAUAAUCUCUUCGCUGUGAAUGGUAUUCUCUUCAAUCAUGAGAGUCCUAGAAGAGGAGCUAAUUUUGUUACUCGAAAAAUUAGCCGGUCAGUAGCUAAGAUUUACCUUGGACAGCUGGAACAUUUCAGUUUGGGAAAUCUGGAUGCCAAACGAGACUGGGGCCACGCCAAGGACUACGUAGAGGCUAUGUGGCUGAUGCUGCAGAAUGACGAGCCAGAGGAUUUUGUCAUAGCUACUGGAGAAGUCCAUAGUGUCCGGGAAUUUGUAGAGAAAUCAUUUUUGCACAUUGGAAAAACCAUUGUGUGGGAAGGAAAGAAUGAAAAUGAAGUGGGCAGAUGUAAAGAGACUGGCAAAGUUCAUGUGACUGUGGACCUCAAAUACUACCGACCAACUGAAGUGGACUUUCUGCAAGGAGACUGCACCAAAGCGAAACAGAAGCUGAACUGGAAGCCCCGGGUCGCUUUUGAUGAGCUGGUGCGGGAGAUGGUAGACGCCGACGUGGAGCUCAUGCGGAACAACCCCAACGCCUGAGCGUGGCCGCCCAGCGCCAAGCCGCCCCACCGGCCUCUGUCCCAGCAGAACCAGCCCUUGGGGGCCGCACCAGUGGUUCAGGGAGGAGCGAGGGGCGCGCCCUUCCGAGAGCUGCCUGAGACCCCCACAGCCACUGAGCAGUGGUCUUGCCAACAGGCCUGUGGCCGCUCAGGUUUGCAGCAGCCGGGACAGGACGCGGCGCUCCGGUUUGGCCCACUUUCCCUUGUCGAGGCCUUCUCUGAAUGGUUCUAUGAAAUCAGAAAGAUGUUUUAAUCACAUGUUCACUUUACUUGAAAUUAUGUCAUUAGACAGCUGAAAUUGUGAGGCUUUCAAAUGGUUUUCUUUUUUCUGAUUAAAAAUGGCCUUUCUAUAAACCAGCA